CAGCUCUGUCUCUGCUGCAGCCGCUUGCUCUCCUAUGCUGGGAGCAGCUGUCUGCCAAUUACUCUUUGCCAUACGCUGACUGCAAGCUCUGCGGGGCAGGGACAGGCUGUGUGCAUUUGUCCAGCACCUGGCACAAUGGGGCCCUGACCUGACUGACACCUGUAGUCACUAUCCCAGUCCCAAAUCAGCCAUGUUUUCAGCUGUUUUUUUUUAAUUGAUCUUGGCUGCUAAAUCACAAAACUCAGCCAGAUCCAGCAGGACCCCAAACACACCUCUCCCCCAGGUCUACCUUAACACCUCCAAAAUCUGUGUCCUACGGGAAUGUUCUUGCAGGAUCAGAGGGGCGUUUAUCUGCACUGGGAUCAGCCAAUAUUUGCGUCAAAGGCAGUGAAACGAGACUUCCCAGUAAUCCAGGAGUGGGGCUGUGAAAUCAGCUCACGGAAGUGCAGCCUCCACAUUGACUUUUACCCUCCCGGCACUGACUUUGUGGGGCUCCUUUUCCAGACGGGAGCCCAGCUCCGUUGCUGUGGUGGUAACUGACCUCGUGCUGUUCGAGAAAAUCAGCCUGCUGGAUCCCUAUUCUCUUUGCCUGUGGGGAUCAGAAGGAGAUGGCCACCGGGCAAGCCCUCCUGCUUUUAAUACUCAUUGGAGUAGCCGAGCCUGAGGCAGGGAGAUGCCCUGCCUGCGAGAUGGCAGCCCUGGACCCAGAGGUGCAGAAGACGGUCCUCAUUGAGCUAGCAAAGCAGAGUAUUCUUUCCAAGCUGCAUUUGAAGGAGCGACCCAGUGUGACCCAGCCUGUCUUCAGAGCUGGCCUCCUGACAGCUCUGGGGAGGCUACGUGUUGGGUGCACGAACCAGAGCGUCACGUUGGUGAUGCCAAACCAGAGCCCCAAGACUGAUGAGCAAGAGUAUGAGAUUCUCAGCUUUGCUGAGCCAGGGCCCACCGCUCCCAACAGGACGCAUCUGCACUUCCGCUUCACCCAGGACGCCGGCAGAAGCGUGCAAGUCCUGCAUGCCAACAUGUACAUGUUCCUGGCAGCCCCCGGCGGCCCCGCGCGCAGGGUCACGGCGAAGCUGCUGUUGUCCGAGCCAGGCAAUGCAAACCUGACACUGGUGGGCAGGAGGCAGCUGGAGGUGAAGCGGGGAGGCUGGGCCGCGGUGGAGGUGAGGACAGCUGUCCAGAGCUUCAUCAGCAAAGGCGGCCAGAGACUAACAGCGGAGCUGGAGCUUGAAGGAAGCCCAGAGCCUGCCAUACUUCUCAGCAGCAGCGAAUCUCACCGGCCAUUCAUGGUGGCCAAGAUCUGGGCCAGGCCCCAACACCGGCUUCACCGCCGGGCUGUCGAGUGCAAUAGCAACUCCAGGACGUGCUGCAGGAAGCAGUUCUUCGUCGACUUCAAGGAGAUCGGCUGGGACGACUGGAUCAUCCAGCCCGAGGGUUACCGCAUGAACUACUGCACUGGGCCCUGCCCCACCCACGUGGCCGGCAUGCCCGGCCUGGCCUCCUCCUUCCACACAGCCAUCCUGAAUCUCAUCAAGGCCAACGACGUGCAUGCCGCCUUCAGCUCGUGCUGCGUCCCCACGCACCGCCGGCCCCUCUCUCUGCUCUACUAUGACCAGGACAGCAACGUCGUCAAGACCGACAUCCCCGACAUGAUCGUGGAGGCCUGCGGCUGCACCUAACCCACUGCCUGGCGCACAAGCAGCUGCCUUGGCACUGAGCAAUUCCUCCCUCCAACUGGAACUAGGCAGAGAUUCCCCCGCCAAGGCCCCGUUCCCACUGGUCCUGCUGUUGGAAUUCACGUCCUUCGUGUACAUGACUGAUCGUGCCGCUGAACCGUGCCGUGUCAAGCGCCUUCUCUCCGGAGGACGGGUACUGGAAUCUCACCCCAGCCAACGGCCUCUCUCCGCCCUUUCCUGAGCCGUCCUGCAGACGCCAGCCAGGAGCCCUUUGCAGCAGUGGGUUCUGCCAUGUGAAGACCCACCCUGCAGAGAAAUUGGACCGAGCCCCCCAGACCUCAGAGACCGCCAGGGGAGAUGCUGGGCAGGGUCAGAGAGGAGGUCAGUGCUGCUACACAAAUUCAGGCGGGAGGAAAGAAGGCGUAAAUUCUUGAUGGGGAGAGUAACUAGCCAUGCGCACAGUUUACCGAGGGCUGGGGUGGCUUCGCCAUCACGGACCAUUUUGAAAUUGGGACUGGAUGAUUUUCCAAAAGCUCUGCUCUAGGAACAACGGUGGGGAUGCUACCCAGGGGCUCAGACGAGACAGUCACAAGGGGCCUUGGGAUCUCUGAGUCUGCGGCUGAGCGGGGCGGGGGACAGGGGGCCACACCACGUCGUUUGGGACUAGAGUGACCAGACAGCAAGUGUGAAAAAUCUGGAUGGGGGUGGGGGGUAAUAGGUCCCUAUAGAAGAAAAAUCCCUGAAUAUCGGGGCUGUCCCUAUAAAAUCAGGACAUCUGGUCACCCUA